AUGGCUAUUGGCACUAAGUUAACUUUAGAAGAUAGUGAUCUUUAUGAAAAUGUAGCUAUAUAUAGGAGUACAUUAGGAGCCUUUCAGUAUUUGACAUUAUCCAGGCUUGACAUUGCCUAUUGUGUUAACAAACAAAGCCAAUUUCUCAAAGCCCCUACACAGAACCACUGGCAGGCUUGUAAAAGAUUGCUUAGGUAUUUUAAAGGUACCUCUAACUAUGGACUUCUCUUCACUAAAAGUCAUAGACUUAAUCUAGAAUGUUAUAUCGAUGCUGAUUGGGCUAGUAGCAUUGAGGACAGGAGGUCCACAAGCGGCUACUGUGUUUUUCUUGGCACUAACCUACUGCAAUGGACUUCUAGGAAGCAGAAAGUUGUGGCCCUAUCUUCCACCGAAGUUGAGUAUAGAGCACUUGCUCAAGGGUCCACUGAAUUGGCAUGGUUUUGUAGCUUGUUUUCUGAACUUGGCCUUUCCUUAUCGGAGAUUUGA